ACUGCUGCUUUACCACCAGCCGUUACCCGCUGCCUUCCUCCCCCUCCUCCUCCUCCUCUCCUCUCCGGCACGCAGGGGAGAAAGAUGGAGGGGAGGGGACGUGGAUGGGGAUGGGAGGGAUGAGCAAUAAAGAGCAGGGACCCUGCACACAGUCUGAGAGGAGCAGCAGGAGAAGCAGAAAGAGAGAGAGAGAGAGAGAGAGAGAGAGAGAGGGAAUAAAGGAGGGAAAGAGGAGAAGCAGGAUCCUUCUGCAUUGUAUGGAUCGCCUAUUGGAACAAGGAGGGGCAUGUAGAGGGAGGGACGCUGGAGAUUCCUAUCAGUGUGUUUUGUGGGAGAGAGCAACGCAGAGUGUGACAGAGCAGAGCCUGUGCAUGUGUUGAGGUGUGUGUGUAUGCAUGCAUGCAUGUGUGUGUGUGCGUGUGUGUGUGUGAUUGUGUGACUGGACUCGGUGAACCUGUGCGACGCCGUCUCCACCGGGGAGCUGUUUGAGCAGCGACUCGCCUCAGCGCCUCCUCUGUUGCCGGUGCCGUGUUGUCAUGCUCAACGCCUGAUGAGCUCAGAGGACACAGGCUGCCAGGGAGUCAGCGAGAGGGGCGUGAUGGCCGGACGCGCCCUGACUCGGUCAUGCAUCUCCAGAUAUCCGCCCGGGCUUCUGCUGGCUUCUCCUCCUGAUCCCCUUCAGCCCUCGUCAAUGUCCUUCCUUCCUGUGCGUCUCCGUGAGGCUGCCUGCCUUCCUGCCGCCGCGCUCUCUGAAUGGAUGCUGCUGUCAACACACAUGUGUGGCUUGCACUGAGAGCCCAACGAUCUGGACGGGACCGCUUUAGGGUGACACUGAUGAAUUUUUAAAGACUUUUACCUUUUCAGGUUUACAGCUGCUGUUGAUCACGUUCUCGAUGACGUACGAUGCGGGGCAGCUGUUAUUCUGAUUUGUGAAGAGGAUGGAACAUAUAAGAUGGGGCUGCUGCACAUAAAAAUUAAGGUCAAGUAAAUAAUUACCAUAAGGAAUGAGGCAUCAGACACCAUAAUGAAGAUUCAUUUGGCUCAGUGGCUGCAUACAGAUGCAGUGGAUAGAUUUUAAUUGGGUGUUUUCUAGGAACAAAAGAGCUGAUUGGACCGCACUGGCAGUGUGCUGAAGGUUGUCAGGAAGAGUGGAUUUCUUUUCUGUGUCCCAGAGAAAAAAAAAAGAAAAAAAGAAAAAUGAAAAUUGCAGCCAGAGAAGAAAUCCGUGACUGAAAUUAAAAUCCGAAACAAAGAAACAGGGAUUUUGGGGGAUGGAUGAAACCAGCAGCCCCUCUGCUCGCGUAUCUUCCGAGGAGAAACUUAAUCUCCCUCCGUGUAAGUUUAUUGUCUCAGUCGUGCUGUCAGAUUCUUUCACAUCCCAACACGCUGGCAAACUGUCAGUUGUUCAUGUCGCUCUGUCUGGUUUCAUUCAUCUACUGUGUGUCUACUGAAGCCUGACCACAUGAGUGGAGGCGGCGCCCUGCAGCAACGCACCACCUACCUCAUCUCCCUCACCCUGGUCAAGGUAGAGGCUGUGGAGGAGAAUGGAGGGGAGGCCAAGAACAGCACCCAGGGGAAGGAGGUGGAGGCCAGGCCGGGAGGAAGGGCGGGAGAAGAGGCCGGGGUGAGAGAGGCUCCCGCUCAGACUGAGAACGGAGCUGGAGUCGAUUUAGGACAACCACAAAGGGCUGAGGACGCUGCUAUUUUGAAGAAGGGCGAGUUAACCGAUGAACUCAAAGAUGGAGCGAGGAAAGACAAACCACCGUCCGCUGAGGCCCCGACGACAGGGAGUGAAAAGCCCCCCAGCAACCUCUCGAUCCCCGUCCCUGCCGAGAGAGCGACAGCUCAGAAGACAAAGUCUGCAGAGAUCGAUUUAACUCGAGUGGAGAAGACGCUUUCAACCCCAGAAGCGAAGCAAUGCACGUCACCAUCGCUGACCCCGACACCACCGGCAGAGGCGAUUGAGCCCAGUCGAACCCCAACCAGGACCAGCCUCCCCAUCCGCCCGGUGGGGCAGCGUCCCGUGAGUCUGCUCAAGUCCCACAGCAGCGCCACCACCCGCGGUCGCGACUCCAGAGAUGGCAGAGAGCGAAGCCCGACCUCGGCACAGAGCCUGGACCGAAAGGACUGCCGCAUGCCGACGCGCUCACCAGGCCCCUGCAGGGCGUCGUGGGCCGAGGCGAGCAGGCCCGAAGGAUGGAGGGACCUGCGGGACGAAGCGCAAGCUGGAAUACCUCUAGAGAUGGGAGGUAGCAUGGCCGCCGUGAUGAGAGACAUCCCCAGGAAGGAGAGACUAAAGACCGGCUCGGCCUCCCUGCCUGCUCCGGCCACCCAGGCCUCCAAACCGGCUCGCAAAGGUAAAAGCCGCACGCUGGAUAACAGUGACCUGAACAGCCUCUCUGAGGACCUGGGACUCGCCAGGGAGGCCCAGCAGGGCCAGCAGGGCCAGCGAGGCUCCGCCAAAGACCGGAAGAUGCUGAAGUUCAUCAGUGGCAUUUUCACAAAGAGCAGUUCGGGGGCAGCGGGGUCGUCCUCCACAGCGCCUCCCGUCUACAUCCAGAGAGACUCCAGCGAGGAGGAAGUAAAUAUUGCCAACAGCCAGGAGUGGACCCUGAGCAGAUCCAUCCCGGAGCUCAGACUGGGCAUUCUGGGAAGUCUGAAAAGUGGCAAGUCAGCGCUGGUGAACAAAUACAUCACCGGCAGUUAUGUUGCAGUCGAGAAGCCGGAUGGUGGCAGGUAUAAAAAAGAAGUGCUGGUGGACGGACAGAGUCAUUUAUUACUGAUUCGGGAGGAAGCUGGACCGCCUGAUGCACAGUUCAGCAGCUGGGUCGACGCAGUGAUCCUGGUCUUCAGCCUGGAGAACGAGGCCAGCUUCCAGGAGCUCUACCAGCACUACAGGCAGCUGAGCGAAUACCGCACGGACAUCCCGGUCAUAGUGGUCGGCACCCAAGAUAAAAUCAGUAGCACAAACCCUCGUGUGAUCGAGGACCAGAGAGCGCGGCAGCUGUGCAUCGAUGUGCGUCACUCGCUGUUUUACGAGACCUGCGCCACCUACGGGUUCAACGUGGACCGCGUGUUUGCAGAGGCCGCUCAGAAGAUCGUAACUCAGAAGAAGCAGGCGGCGCUUCAGGCCUGCAAGUCUCUCCCCAACUCUCCCAGUCACUCCGGAGGCUCCACACCUGGAUCAGCAUCGUUCCCCAGCCAGGCCAGUAAUGGCCAGAGUAGCGGCUACGCCUACUCCCUCCCCUCCACCCCCGUGGUGGCUCACAGAGAUCUACGGGUCGCACAGGGAGAGGGGGUUGGCAGCGUCAACUCCCGUUCGCUGAAGAACAUCCCCAGACGACCCUCCCUCUUCAAGAACCGGGACCCAGAUAAGAAGUCUGGUGAUGGGAAAGGAGACCAGAGCGGCACCCGGGGAGUUCCCAUCAAACAGAGCAUCCUGUGGAAGAGAAGUGGGAGCUCUCUGAAUAAGGAGUGGAAGAAGAAAUAUGUCACCCUGUCCAACAACGGCACGCUGUCUUACCACUCCAGCUCCAGUGACUACACACAGAAUAUCCACGGGAAGGAGAUCGACCUGCUGCGCGUGACGGUUAAAGUUCCCGGGAAACGUCCUCCGAGAGCCGUGGCUCCUGCGGGCCCCUCACCUGUCCCCCCCGUCCCUGCACCUGGAGUUAACGGGCUGAGCAAAGAGCCGGCGGCCGCUGAUAACACCAGUACAGUUCCUCAGUUGUGUCCGGCCACCCUCUCUGUGGCUGACGACCGGUCUGGAGCUCUGUCGCCUCAGGGAGGAGAUCGAGGACUCCAGCGCUGCCCCUCCUCACUGUCCACCAAAGCACAAAGUGUCGAUGCCCUCGAAGGGGCCGCCAGCCCUUUCUCUGGAAAAGACCCCGGCCAGGCUUCUCCCAUGAGCGACAGGAAGAAGAACAGGAGGAAGAAGAGCAUGAAUCAGAAAGGAGACGCAGCUGUCGGCCAGGCUGAAGCCAAACGCAAAAUGUGGAAAUUAAAGAGCUUUGGUAGCUUGAGAAACAUUAAUAAGACAGAGGAAGAGAACGCAGACUUUAUCGUGGUGUCGUUCACCGGGCAAACGUGGCACUUUGAGGCCCAGAGCCUGGAGGACAGGGACGCCUGGGUGACCGCUAUAGAGAGCCAGAUCCUGGCCAGCCUGCAGUCCUGCGAGAGCGGCAGAAACAAGACUCGGAGGAGCAGCCAGAGUGAAGCUGUAGCGCUGCAGGCGAUCCGUAACGCCAAGGGCAACAGUCUGUGUGUGGACUGUGAAGCACCAAAUCCAACAUGGGCCAGUCUGAACCUGGGUGCGCUGAUCUGCAUUGAGUGCUCGGGGAUCCAUCGAAAUCUGGGGACUCACCUGUCUCGCGUGCGCUCGCUGGACCUGGACGACCUGCCUGGAGAGCUCACGCAAGUCCUGGCUGCCAUCGGAAACCACAUGGCCAACAGCAUCUGGGAGAGCUGCACCCAGGGCAGAACCAAACCCACACCCAAUGCAACCCGUGAGGAGAGGGAGUCGUGGAUUCGUGCUAAGUACGAUCAGCGGGCGUUUGUGGCGGCUCUCCAGACGCCCCCGGAGGACGGUAUGCCGGCGUGGCUGCUGUCCGCGGUGACCGAGAGAGAUCUGCCCAGACUGCUGCUCCUUCUGGCCCACAGCACCAAGGACCAGAUCAACGCCCCACCGGCCGGGUCGAGCCCAGCGCCUCGCACCGCCCUCCACGCUGCCUGUCAGCUGGGAGACGUCGUCAUGACCCAGCUGCUCAUCUGGUACGGAAUCGAUGUGAAGGCGAAAGAUAACCAAGGCCAGACGGCGAUGAGGAUAGCCAGAAAGACAGGGAGCAAAGGCUGCAUGGAUAUUUUGCUCCAGCACGGCUGUCCCAGCGAGACGUCGCCCCCCACUGCCACCCCCGUCCUCUCCCGCCGGUCCAGCACUGCCAGCCUGGGCCGGACCAGCUCCAGGAAGCGGGUGUCGUAGCCUGAAUGGGAGCUGGCGACGACCGGAGGAUGCUUACUGUUUAGAGAAAAAGAAACGUUUUAAAACAUGGAUACAGGCAGAGACUAUAUCAUAGAACCAAGGAUUUAAAAAAUAAAUAGUUUCUGAAGACUGAACAACAUAUCAAACAACUUUAAAGCAAUAUUCAUUCGAUUUGUUUGACGACAGAUAUAUUGCUGAGAUACUGUGUUGUUGUUGACCUCAUUUAAAAACAACUCAAGUAGAACUCUGUAGCUGUCUUCUGUAACUCUUAGAGCAGACGCUCGAACUGCUUCUGUUUCACUUCCUCCAGAAGAAGUGCAAUAAAUCCAGCUAUGAUGACGAAAAAGCAACAAGUUUUAAGAGCGAACUGUACGGUGAGAGAAUCAGUACACGGAGAGGGUGCUGCUUUUAUUCAGAUUUGUUGUGACUGGACCAAAACGGCAAUUAUUUCCUUUGGCUUUACAAAUAAAUUAAAAAAAAAAAAAAAAAAAAAACCUACAGUAUGUCAUGUUGUUAGUUAUGUGUGCCUGUCGCAGCAGUAUAACGGUCAGUUUUUUCGGGCCAGUAUCAGCUGAGAUUAUUCUGCUUAGACUAGAAAAAUGAAUGGUUUUGGAGUAUGAAAUAUGUCAGUGUUACUCUCACAGGUCAAAGAUAUGGCGUUUUAAUAUACUGUAAAUGUAACUAUACUACAUACUUAAUGUUAAACUGUAACGAAGACAACUGAAAAAUCAAAGACUCAAUUUUGUAAAUGAUUUCUACUGGUAGUUUUGAAAAUAUGUCAGGUUUGUUUUUUCAUCGUCUCUGUUGAUUUUUCUUAUUCUCCUACAUGUCAUGAACCAGUAAACAGAUGCUUUUACGUACGUGAACAUGUGGCUAUUUGUUUAAAGCGUUUUAUCUGGGACGGCCAAGACGACUGCGUAAAGACUAUGACAUUAUUCACGUUCAUGUUACUGUUGUGUAGGUCGAAUCCCGUGAGUUCGCAGUGAAGUUCGGAGAGUUGCAGGUGUCGCUGCUGACACCUGGCGGGUCGUGUGAAUCCCUCAUGAGCUAAAAGAAAUGGUUACCGGAAUAAAAUAAACUUUUUUUAAUUAGCAUUA